GCUGCAGGAACGUUUCUCUUCGUUUGAGACUUUAAUCUCCAGCGGGCGGAAGCGGGAAGAUGGCGGUGAUGCACCUUUAAGCUGGUUGCUGACGCCAAUAAAUCCAAAGAAGAAGAAGAAGGAGAACGAAGAAGAACGAAGAAGAAGAAGAAGCAGAACGAAGAAGAACGAAGAAGAAGAAGCAGCAGCAACAACAGGGAAGAUGGCGGACGUGGUGAGCGUCGGAGUGAACCUGGACGCCUUUUCUCACGCCAUCAGCGGCAUCCAGGCGCUGCGCUCCAGCGUGAGCCGCGUGUUCGAGUCCCUGAAGGACGGAAUGAAGAACCGGGAGACGCUGGAGGGCCGCGAGAAGCAGUUUAUAGCCGAGUUCCAGGACCACCUGCAGGCGGUCAACAGAGACCUGAAUGAGUUGGAGCGUCUCAGCGGUCUGGUCGGUCGUCCCUCAGAGUCUCAUCCUCUUCAUAACAGCGGUUUGCUGAGUUUGGAUCCAGUUCAGGAUAAAACUCCUCUUUACUCGCAGCUGCUGCAGGCGUACAAGUGGUCCAACAAGUUGCAGUACCACGCAGGUUUGGCCUCCAGUUUGUUGAACCAGCAGUCACUCAAGCGAUCAGCCAAUCAGAUGGGAGCUUCAGCCAAGAGACGACCCAAAGUCCAACCCAGUACACUAGUACUUCCUCCUCAGUAUGUGGAUGAUGUCAUCUCUCGGAUCGGCAGGAUGUUUCCUGAUAUGACGAUCGAACUGUUCAGACCCAACGGGACGUCUGCAGUACUGCUGGUGACCCUGGGGAAGGUGUUGAAAGCGAUCGUUGUGAUGCGUUCUCUGUUCAUCGACAGAACCGUUGUUCGAGGGUUCAACGAGAACGUUUACAAUGAGGAUGGAAAGCUGGACAUCUGGACCAAGUCUCAGUAUCAGGUGUUUCAGAAGGUAACGGACCACGCCACCACAGCCCUGCUGCACUACCAGCUGCCGCAGAUGCCCGACGUUGUGGUCCGAUCCUUCAUGACCUGGCUAAGGAGCUACAUUAAACUCUUCCAGUCUUCAUGUCAGCGCUGCGGUCGUUUCCUGCAAGACGGACUUCCUCCAACAUGGAGGGACUUUAGGACCCUGGAGGCGUUCCAUGACACCUGUCGCAUGUGAACAGACUCACCUGUCGCACCUGUUCAUCACUUUAUAGGCUCUGUUUUUUUUUUUUAUCUGUUUGAAUAAAGUUUGCCAUUUUUUUA